GAACUAGGCGGAGCUGGUCUAUGUUUACAGAAUCUUGGCUGCAGAAUAUAAAAUGCCACUAGAACCUGAACCCAGAGUUUAGUCUACUCUACCUAGCUACAGCCUAUAGGAUAUAAUUAUAGAUAACAUGUACAUGUUAUCCAUCUUUUUUCUGUCCAUAAUGGUGAGCUACUGUGCAUGCUCACCACGAGAAGAGAGAUUCUGGCCUCUGAACAACAUCACUGAUGAUGUUAACUUAGGUCAAUCUUCCCCAUUUGGUCCAAGACUGAUGAACAGUGAAGGAUCUAGGUAUGAUUUCCAUCGAGGUGUUGACAUUCCCACUCCCCUGUUCACCGUGGUGUACGCCAUUGAUGAUGGUACUGUCAGGAUUCCUGGUCCAACCCACUCAGGUUUCAGUGACGGUGUUGUGCAGCUCUUACAUACUGGAUGGGAUGAUGACGGAGACCCAAAUAUGAAGUACUACUCCACCUACAUUCACUUGAAUGACUCUUUCCUCAGAGAGAAGGAUGUUGGCGAUUUUAUUUCAAAAGGAACACCCAUUGGAACAACUUAUCAAACUAACAAUAAUUUCCCUCACCUUCAUUUUGAGAUUCGAGCUGGAACACUCUUUGCUGGUCACGCCUGUAACCCAUGGAAGUACCUCCCUUGUGGACACUGUAAUCCGUUUCAAGCCAAUGUAACUAUUUCGAUAGAGCAAAUAGUUGAAAGUAACAAUUGUAGUGCCACUGUUCAAAUAUUAGUGCCACCAAACCAGUUAACAUUCGCUGCAGUGCAGUUGGAAGUGAGUGGGGGAAUGUCGAAAUUUAACAGAACAAUCGAUAUUUGUGAAACUAACAUUUUCUACACCAACUAUCCUUCAUAUGAUACUACUAGACUCGAUGACAACACAGUCGUACCCAAUCUUGUUAUCAACCCCCACUUUUUCAAUAGUAGGUCAUUUGGCAAAAACGAGUGGUUAGGUGUAAGCUAUACAUUUUUGAAUGUGCCAGCUGUAGACGGAGCAAGAUUGGCUGAAAUCAAAGCUACGAUUUUCGAUGUCUUUGGUGAAAAGGUCAUAUCAGAUCCUUUGUUUUACGAUAGCUCCUGUUCACAAGUGGAAUCUCCCACUACGUCUGGAGAAGAAAGCACAACCUCUCAGUCAGUCAUGAUCACCACUGGCAGUCCCACUACAUCUGGAGAAGAAAGCACAACCUCUCAGCCAGUGAGUGCUGGUGGGAAGAUGAAUGGUGCCAUGUGUAUUCAAGGAAUCAUGCUGCUUACAAUUAUUAGUUUGUAUUUCUGUAAUUAGCGCUUUGUAGCAUCAGCAAAUCAAUUUUAUACCAAUGCAUGUGCAUGCAUCGACUCCUAUAUAGCAUUAAUUAUUGAACAAUAACUCCUUUAAAUUCUUUAUGUAUAUCUUGAGUAUUCAUUAGACAGGCAGAUAUAUACAUAUGUAUAAUAUUUUAUGUGCAGAUAUGAACCAAACAUAUAAUUAUUACUUG